ACUGGACGCCAGGAGAGCACGCUACAGCGGGAGAGAGGGAGAGCGACAGAGAGAGAGAGGAAAGAAUAGAGAGAACAGAGAGAAUGAGUGAGCUUGGAGAGAAGUGUCUGCGUACGCCAAGAGAUGAACAGUUUUUGGCUGUUUGAAGAGUAAAGACGAGAGAAGCUGCCGCCCUUCGAGGGCACAGACUGAUCAGUUUUCAGUGCCGAGACCGCUGCUGGAAUUCUGUACUUCAUUUUGAACCAAGUGACGGUUAACGUUACUGCCGUUAGGAGCUACAGGAGAGAGAGGGAGAGAGAAAGAGGGAGAAGGCUUUGAAAACCGCUUUUUUCUCUUUUCGCCGACGGGUUUCACCUUUUGUGCCGGCUAGUAGACCAACGUUUUGACUUGACCACGCAAGGAGAAAACUGAACCAAAGAUGGAGCAGGUAUCAGAUGAUGAGUUGGACCAUGCUGCUGAGGAGGACAGCGACAAGGAGGAUCAAGACUUGGACAAAAUGUUUGGGGCCUGGCUGGGAGAGCUGGACAAACUGACACAGAGUUUGGAUGAUGGGCGUCCAGGGAAGGUCCAGAAAGCUCCUCUCAGAGAAGAGACCAACCUGGCCAACUUCUCCUACCGAUUCUCCAUGUACAACAUCAAUGAAGCCAUAAAUCAAGGUGAGACUGUGGACCUGGAUGCCCUUAUGGCCGACCUGUGUUCCAUUGAGCAGGAGCUUAGCACCAUCGGAAAGCCUUCUUCAUCCUCCAGCCGCUCGGCAGACCUCAAAACACGACAACGGGCUGCUCCAGGGCGUUCAGCCAGUGCUCGGCAGGCAGGGGGCAGCAGUGGUGGGGGCAGCAGCGGAGGCAGUGCCUGCAGUAGCACCCGCGCCUCACCCGCCAAUACCAUCCGAGGAGGGAGCGGCCAGCCCUACAGCCAGUCCCGCCCUAUGGCCUCUAACUUCUCACUGGACGACAUCACGGCACAGUUGGAGAAGGCGUCCCGGAGUAUGGACGAGGCUGCACGGCAAACCUCUGAGUCUUCCUCACCUUCCUCAUCUUCGUCAUAUUCAUCUUCCACACUGCGGAACACAGCGGCCAACUCGCAGCACCAUCGGCGCACAGGUUCAGUGGGAGCAGUCAGCGAUCAGGAGGCGCGCUCAUCUCGCUCCAGCGUUAACUCUGCCUCCGCCUCCAGCAUGGACUCACUGGACAUGAGGGGGCAGGAAGGAGAGGGGCCUGGGACAGGGACGACUGCAACUCAGCAAAACCAGACAAGCACGGAGCACUCGUACCUGGACAGGGAAACCUCCCUGAUUCUCAAAAGCAUUGCAGGAAAGCCCUCUCACCUGCUGACCAAGGAAGAACAGGCUGCCAAAGCAAAGGCUGAGAAAAUUCGUGUGGCUCUGGAGAAAAUUAAAGAAGCGCAGGUUAAAAAGCUGGUGAUCCGUGUGCACAUGUCAGAUGAAAGCUCAAAGACAAUGAUGGUGGACGAGAGGCAGAGUGUGAGGCAGGUGCUGGACAGUCUGCUGGAUAAAUCCCACUGCGGAUACAGCCCAGACUGGGCCCUGGUGGAGACCAUCACUGAGCUGCAGAUGGAGCGUAUAUUUGAGGACCAUGAGAAUCUAGUGGAGAAUCUGCUGAACUGGACCAGAGACAGUCAGAAUAAGCUCAUGUUUAUUGAACGCAUUGAGAAGUAUGCACUCUUUAAGAACCCACAGAAUUACCUUUUGGGAAGGAAGGAGACUUCUGAGAUGGCAGACAGAAACAAAGAGGCGCUGCUGGAGGAAUGUUUUUGCGGUGGUUCAGUGUCAGUGCCUGAGAUUGAAGGAGUGCUGUGGUUAAAGGAUGAUGGGAAAAAAUCCUGGAAGAAGCGUUACUUUCUGCUCCGUGCAUCCGGUAUCUACUUUGUCCCUAAGGGCAAGGCCAAGGCCUCUAGAGACUUGGUGUGCUUCCUACAGUUGGACCACGUCAAUGUUUAUUAUGGGCAGGAUUAUCGGAGCAAGUACAAGGCCCCUACUGACUACUGCCUCGCUCUCAAGCACCCUCAGAUUCAGAAGAAGUCUCAAUACAUCAAGUAUUUGUGCUGCGAUGAUGUCAGAACCCUUCAUCAGUGGGUCAAUGGGAUCCGCAUUGCAAAGUAUGGGAAGCAGCUGUACUUGAACUAUCAGGAGGCUAUGAAGCGCACUGAGGCAGCAUAUGACUGGUCCUCUCUCUCCAGCUCCAGCAUCAAGUCUGGCACCAGCUCAGUCAGCAUCCCAGAGUCACAGUCCAACCACUCUAGCCAGACAGACAGCGGUGUAUCAGACGGAACUUCAUCUACACAUGCACGCUCCCAGAGUGUAGUCAGUUCGAUCUUCUCAGAGGCUUGGAAAAGAGGCACUCAAAUGGAGGAAAGCACCAGAGUGAGACCAGAGUCAACACGUUCAAGCCAUUCUGCCCACAGUGGACACAGCAUCCACUCCAGUCAUGUUCACCCUCCUCAUGUGGCUCAGCAGCAACAUGCACAUGCAUCAGUGCAUUCACAGCAGCAAGCACAGCAGCACACGCAGUCUGCCUCACAUCCUCGUGGAAGCAUUACUCACACCCCCGUUCAAACUCCACCCCAGCCCUCUCCAGCUCCACCACCGCCGCCUCCUCCUCCACCUCCACCUCCACCACCACCCCCUCCUCCAGCCUGCGUCCCCCACCACUCAGCGCCACCUAUAUUUGCAAAAUACAGUACCAUCACCCGUCUGCAGAAUGCCUCUCAGGCUGCCAAGCCACAACCCCAAGCACAGCAAGUGCUUCCGACUCCGCCCCCUCAGGCACUGAAACCCCAUGCCAACAACAUUCCUCCAGGAGCAAAUAUACCACCACCACCCCCUCCUCCUCCACCUGCACCCUUGCCUGCCCCUGGUUCAGCUAUGGCCGUACUGAAACUCGGACCUCCAAGUCCAGCCCCAGUGCCUCAGUUUACCCCUUCACUUCCGCCAUCCCCACCACCACCUCCUCCACCUCCAGCAUCCACGCAGUCCCAAACUCUUCCGCCGCCUCCUCCUGCACCCAUCCAUCCACCUCCUCCCCAACCAGUCGCGCCUCUUUUAACUUCCAAUGGCCUCAAACAUGUUCUGGCCCAGAAGUUUCCUAAUUUGCCCCGAGAUUUAUCCCCUCCAGGUGGUCAAGCCCCACCUCCUCCUCCGCCUCCACCACCACCUCCUCCACCACCACCCCCAGCCCCUGUCCAGCAACUAGGUCCACCCCGAGCUUUGCCCAAAACCUUCACUGGAGGAUUUCCACCCCAAACUGCACCAAAGCCUGCUGGCACCAUUCUACCAGUGUCUCCAGUAGCUCCCCUUCCUCCAGCUCCUCCUCCACCACCUCCUCCGCCACCUCCUCCACCACCUCCUACAACAAUCAAGAGCCAUCCACCACCUACGCUGCCCAAGCAGCACAGCAUCUCCAAGACACUGCCACUUUUCAACCAGGCCUCUACUACACAAUCUUUGGUCAAGCAGAUUGCCAGCCAGUUCCCUAGCAGCCACAAAGCCCCUCUGUCACCACCUGCAGUGAAGGCUAAACCAAAAUGGCAGCCUGGUGGACUGCACCAACAGCAGUCACCGGAGUUUCCCCCACCUCCUCCAGACACCACACUUGCUUUUCCUCCACCACCACCCCCUUGCCCUACACCACCUCCUCCUCCUCCCCUUCCCCCUACCCUGUCAGAUUCCCCAAUGAAGACCCCAUCCUCAGUGUCCUACGCAGGGAGUAAGAAACCUCCACCAACCCCUCAGCGCAACUCCAGUGCUAAGUUCAACUCCUCAACCGCGUACCAAGAGUCCCGCCGGAAUUUGGUGAGCAAGUUCAACCCCAGUGCGUCCUCUUCCGCUCCAGUGUCCUCAUCUGGUUCACCUUCCAAGGACCUAUCCACCGGACCCCCAGCACCUCCCAAACCUGGCAAGCUGAACCUGGCCAACCUGCCACUGGCCUUGCAGAACAGGGUGGGUCAGAGCCGCCAGUCCACUGCGGAUUUUCCCUCACCUCCCCCGCCCGAGAAUAACAUCUUUCCACCUCCUCCGCUUGAGUUGGACCUCCCCCCUCCACCGCCUCUACCAGGUGCAAGUGCUCCCAAAGUUGCCGUAGUGAACCCCCAGCCCCAGCCUCCCUGGAAUAAGAGUUCCCUGAAGAAGACUUCUGCAUCCACAUUGUUCAAUCGCAACAACACGCCUGAGCCACCUCCUCUAUCGCCGCCUCCACUGCUGGGUGGCCCUGCUCCUCCAGCUUCCCCAAAAGGCAGUAGUCAGCCUAACUUUUUAGAAGACCUGAACCGGACUCUGAAGCGCAAAUCCUUGCGUAACUCUGGGGCUAAGUUGGACCCUGUGGCCACCAUGGAUGACAUGGUGCUGCCGCCGCCUCCUCCAGAGCUUCUUCUCGACCAGCAGAGACACAGUGGGAGUGGGUACACGUCCAGCAACAUCUCUGGCUAUGCAACACUAAGGCGUGGGCCUCCCCCUGCCCCACCUAAACGGGACCAAAGCACCAAACUGACAAACUGAGAGUAUUGGAACGUUCUUGCACGCUGCCUACUUUUCCCAUAUACAGGGUUGUGAAGGAUUAGCAGUCAGCGAACUUGUCUUAAACAACAUACUCCUGUGACUCCUGUCAACGAGAGAGAUCAAAAUGACUCUCAGGCUUUAAUACGCAUUGGUGCCGCUCAGUAUCAAAACAAAUUUAAAACUAUGAUAUGAAGGAAAAUUCUGCAACAUUCUGGUACUGCAUGGACAGAAGCCAGAAAAUCAUUUCGAGUUAACUUUCAAAAAGCUUCUUGGUUUUUCGAGUGGUUGAAUGUCAUGGACUUUAGGGAAGUCAUAGGGAGGACUCAUUUUGCCUUUGGUGUUUUUUUUUGUUUGUUUGUUUUUUUUGUUUUGUUUUUUUUUUGUUUUUUACAUAGACAUAUUUAAAAAAAAAUGAAGAGAUUUUCUUAUUUUAGGCCGAAGUUUUUAAGGAUUGACAUUGACUGUUGUUCGAGGAGGUAGUAGAGGUUAGGUGUGUUUGUACAGUGAAUAUUUGGCUGGCAUGUCAUUUUCGCCUUUGCCUGCAAGAGACGGAUUGAAUAUAGUGGUCAGUGAAUGUGUUGAACAUUUACCCGAAGAGCUUCAGAAUAUUCUUGAAUGUUCUUUGAGCCUCCUUAGAUGAUAUUAGAUAGCAGUUGUGUUAAAAAACAGAUUGCAUAAAAGAAUGGGAACUAUUUGAGAAGGUGUCCAUUGGAAAAUGUUGGUCUACAAAAUUUGGGAAAGGUUUAUUAAAGGGGCAUUUGUUAGGCCUGUCACAUUUAAUGACGAGAAGUGAAGAAGCUUGUCCUAUUGGCUUAUGGGGACAUUCUGUGAGAUUGUGGAACGUGUCUUAUUAUUUUUUGGACCUGUCUCUUCUGCCUACACUAUUCACAUCACUGCAGUAUCUGGCUGUACACAUAAGCUGCUUUGCUUGUCUGUUUGAUUGGUCCUGCCUUCUUCUGGUAAACAUUCAGGUAUCCUGGAAACAGAUGUGCAUCUGUCAAAAAAUGGACUUUGGGUCCCUGGUGUGGCCCACAGGUUUAACUCAUGGUCUGUAACUUGAGAGCAGUGUUCCACUUGACAGCUAUGAAGGCAUCAUCGUUUGCCAAGGGGUGGUGAUUAAAAAAAGGGCCUUCUUGUAUAUGCAUGUCAAUAUAGUGUCUUAAUGUUUUGGUUUAAUUACCAAUGGCCAUUUACAAAGGGUUCUUUUUGGUCAGCAUCUGUACUGAAAUGAUCUAAACAUCCAGUAUGAUAAUCACAGCUUCUUAAGAACAGAAAAUUCUGGACCAUGUAAUGCCUGGAAGGGGGCAGGGAAGGUUAAGGACCAUGUGGCAUAUGUAUAAAAAUAUGCAUAUUAACUUACUCAACCAUGUAUUCCAUUUGGGAGGACAUCUGUGUUUUUAAAGACUGAAUAUACAACAAAUAUGUUUCUUUUCAGGGUUGUUGACAAUGUAAACAUUAAAUUAUUGAAGUUGAUUAUCUGGUCUUGAGCCAUUGGGAGUGCUAUGGGAACCCUCAGCUUGAAUCUCAGUGGGGAAUGACUUUUGGGGCAAUGAAGAUGAAGUGUCUUUGCAUUUAAAUGUAAGGUCGCAGUAUAAAUGUUAUCAUACCUCAG